UAGCAAACAUGCUUUAGAAGGCUGAAGGCAGAAGGCUGCAGUUGGGAAGUUGUGGAGUCAGUUGAACCUACAGCAAAUUAGGUGCAGGAAAUGUCUUUCUUUGGAUUAACUUUUAUGGGAUAUCAAGACCCCUUUCGGGACAGAAAACUAGAAUUACCAAAGUAUGAAGUGCCAGUGGGAACACCAACCCCUAAACUGGAACUUUUCUACCCAAAGCUGCCACCAAUAGGACCAAGUGGAUAUGAUGGCACAGUACACAGGGGAAGCUGCAGGAAGUAUCGAGAGGCUAUCAAAAAGAUGAAGCUCAAAAAAUACCCAAAUGAAGAGUACAGGGAACCAAUGACCUGUGGACAAGAGAUUGGCUGGUGGCUGCCUAAGAAUCGGUCAGUCAAGCCAGAAGAUGCCAUCCCUUGGAUAAGGGUGCAAAGGCAUCCCCAGCUACGGAGCCCUAUGACCAAAUUUGUUGACAGCAUGAUAGCGAGCGACCGCCUCUUCAGCAUGUUUUGAGAACCAUUUGGAACCAUAAUAGGAACCUGAGGCGCAUGGCAGCACCACUGUGUCAGUGAGAGCUGAUUGGCAAUAACCGGCUCCCAUGUUUUAGACCUAGCACACUUGUUCUACAAAUAAAUAGGAAAUCAGUACAA